CCGACAGGACGAGCAGCCAGCAGUUUCACCGGGAGACGGCAGGUAACAGGCAACGGGCAAUUUCACUGGCAAUGACGUACUAAAGCGACUGCAAUGAGCAACAUUCCGAGGUGGGCAGCCCUGCUGCUCCUCCUCGGCCUAGCCCAGCAGCUGGACCCCUCGCUGGCCACAGGUGCCUCCUCGUUUGCCUCCGGUAAUGCCUGGCAGCGUGGGCUGUUUGGGCGCGAUUCCCGUAACAUGAUGCACCGCCGAGCCCCGUUUUCCUCCGCCGGAGAUGGUGGCCUCAAUGAUUACCUCUCACCGUUUGGCGCCAUGGAGCAGGAGCAGAGGGAACUGAGGGAGCAGCAUCAACCGCUCCCGCAGCCGCAGCAGCUGCGCCAGCAGACCGAGGUCUAUGGAAUUGUCGAGCCGCUGAUUGAGGACACGCCCUGCGCGGACCGCGCCUGUCUGCUCAACGACGACUGCUGUCCCUCCGGGGUCUGCGUCAACACAUAUGGCGAGGGGAAAUGCGUUUAUGUGUUUGGAAGGCAGCGAGAUUUAUGCCAGCGCCACUCGGACUGUCCGCAGGGCAGUGCCUGCAUGCUGGUGGCCCAGGAGGGCAUCUGGCGUUGCGAGAUGGAACCGGAGGCGGGGGCGCCCUCAUCCCUGCUGGAGGACAUAUUCGGGAUGAGGCAGAAGCAGCCAUUGGGCAGCGAGUGCAGCAGCAGCAGCGACUGCCAGGUGAUCAAUGGCAUGUGCUGCCAGCAGCAGAGGUUGCACCACCGGGGCACCAUCAAGCUGAGCUGUGGCUACUUUCGCGAUGCCUUCGACUGUGUGGAUAUGGUCGGAUUAGAGCAGUACCAUCGCAAUUAAGGGCCGCACCGCAGUUCCAAAAAUGAAAGCGACAAACGAAUCCAAACCGGAAAUGAGCCAGCUAAACGAUUGAAAUAGGGAUAUCUGAGCCGAUGUGUGAGCGUUUCCGGUGGAAUUAUUACAAUAUUGCAAACAUAUCAUAUUGUUAAACGAAUACAUAUCAAUCUUAAAGUUGCUGUAGCCUAGAGCAAUCGGAUUUAAAUAAUCAGCAUAUGAAUACUUAUUCGCGUACAAAGUUUACUUACUCAAACGAACUUAGAUAUCUAAAUGUGUUUUUAGUAGAAACUCCAAAUAUACUGACUGAGGCAUUCAAUGUUAUUAACUGCAAGACGCGUUACCCAAUGAUUCUUUACCAUAUUCAAGCAACAAUUAUAUCGUUUCCACGUCUAAAUGUAAAUCGAAUACAAUAAAUGAACAUAGCAAAGAGCUGUA